AUGUCGGAUCAGCUGAAUAUCCUUGUAGUUGGGGCUGGAGGAAUCGGCUGUGAACUUUUAAAAAAUCUGGUUUUGGAAAACUUCACUAAAAUCACUGUUGUUGAUCUGGACACGAUUGACAUCAGCAAUUUGAAUAGACAGUUUUUGUUUCAACGAGUUCAUGUUGGCCGUCCUAAGGCUGAGGUGGCUCGGGAAAGCGUUUUGAGGUUCCGGCCAAACUGCGAAAUCACAGCUCUCCAUAAAAGUAUAUUUAGUUCGACCUUCGAUACGAACUUUUUCUCCACGUUUGACCUGGUUUUCAAUGCUUUAGAUAAUCAAGCCGCCCGGCGGCAUGUCAACCGGUUAUGCCUAGCCGCCAAGCGUCCACUCAUUGAAUCCGGCACCGCUGGUUACUUGGGUCAAGUUGAACCGCUUCUGCCGGCAGGACUUCCUUCUGCCUUCUGCGCACCCUCAACCACAUCUGAUGGAGACUGUUGCAGCAGCUUCCGUACUGGUUGCUAUGAGUGUCAACCACGUGGUGCCGGCCAGCGAACCUUUCCUGCGUGCACGAUUAGAAAUACCCCUUCCGAACCCAUACACUGUGUGGUUUGGGCCAAGUAUCUCUUCAAUCAACUAUUCGGGGAACCAGACGUUGACGAUGAAGACAUCUCACCCGAUCCGAGCGAUCCGGAUCUUCAGAAAACUCCCGUUCCAGAACCUUCAGAUACCGAACACUCCAAGCUCAACGGCCAGUCAAUGUCCAACGGGACUAACGAUCGGGUCACGCUAAGAGACUGGUUUACAAAACAAUGGGACGGUGAUCGUCAGUCAUCGAAACUGAUGCAGUCGGAAGUAGAUUCUGUCAUUUCACCGGCUGUUCGUGCCCUCUGUUGGCGCCUGUUCCACCAAGACAUUGUGACUCUGGUUGGAAUGCGUGACUUGUGGGUCGAUCGACAGGAUCGUCGUGAACCCAGUCCAUUGUUAGCCUCAGAUUUGUCCAAGGCGAUGGAAACGAAAUGCGGAUUAUCUGCGCCUCCUCGAUCAGACAGCCAUUGUCCGUCCACAGAACAACUGCGUGACCAACGGCAGUUGUCAUCUGCUGGUUGGCUGCGUACUUUUAUGAAUAGCGUGCAAGCUCUCCAACUCCGUUUGGCCUCCAGUUCUGCCCAGCCCCUUGUUUGGGACAAGGAUGACACCGAAGCCAUGGAUUUCGUUGCCAGUGCAGCCAUCCUCCGUGCCCAACUCUUCCAUUUACCUGGCUCGUCCGAACUCAACCGAUUCAUCACCAAGUCGUUGGCCGGAAACAUCAUUCCCGCGAUUGCAACCACGAAUGCUGUGAUUGCCGGGCUAAUGGUUUUACAAGCUAGACAUAUUCUGGCUGGUGCAGAAAAGCACAUUCGCACAGUCUAUCUACAUCGUCAACCUACCGGCCGUCCGGGCAAUCGGCGAUUGGUUGUACCGUGUGAACCCCCGGUGGCAAACUCAUCUUGUUUGGUCUGUAGCACCAAAGCGACGCGGACCCAACUGGGUUUGGUUUGCGUUCCCACUGAACUAACCCUUCGAGUACUUCGCGAUCGUAUUCUCAUUCGACAUUUGGGGAUGUUGGCUCCAGAUGUGGAGCUGGAAGAUCGUGGAGUGAUUCUCAUUUCAAGCGAGGAGGGCGAGACGGAUGAAGACACCUUGAACAAAACCCUUUCGGAUUUUCAUGUUGGACAUGGUUCGCGUCUAAGUUGCGAUGAUUUUCGUCAGGAGUUCACGUUGCAACUCAAUAUUUCCGCAGUGACGCCAGAAGUGGCUCGUGCAGACUCUCAGUCUGCAGCCAGUACUAACAAUGCUUUCAGUGCACACGACUCAUCUGAGGGUUGGCACCUAGUUGGUGAUGUGGACAGCUUGUUGGCGGAAGUUGGCCAACGUGCUGAUCAAGAAGUCGAGGACAAGAAAGAGGCCUUGAAUGGUUCUUCCGGAUCCCAUGCAGAAGUUGCAAUCCUUAGCGAUGAGGAAGGUGAGACAUCUCCAAGACCUGUAAAACGUCCGCGGUUGUCAUCUGAAGCCGACACUCAUGAUGCAUCGGUUGAUAAAGUACGCUCAAGUCCAUCGCCCAACCCCGUUGCCUCGAAACUUGCAAAUCUGGGGUCAUCAAUACCGAUUCAUGCGGUAGUCGAUAACGAAGACGAGGAUGAUGAUCUCAUUAUGUUGGACUGAGUGCCGAUUGAACCUGCUUACUCCGGUCAACUCUAUCCGUAUUUCAAUGCCUCCACCUCCCUCCUUUUCAAACUGGUAUUAUUGGUAUUCUUCUCACUCCAAAUAUGAAAAAGAUUCACCC